CCUCCUACUAGCGGACCGAGCAUCCGGGCUGCAGUUCUAGCUGGGGAUGGGACUUCUUGCUUCCCGGAACGUGCCGGGUGGUCUUCCUGGAUCUGGCCGCUGAUUGCUCGAAGUCGCGUUGAGCUCUGCUGUUGUCGCGGCAAGCAUAGGUGUGAGCUUGCUUCUGUGGGGGCGCAGACGCUGACGUCUCUUCAUCUUCGUUUGUGGCAGAAAGGCCUCUGGCUGGAUUUCACUUAUCUCGGAUACUUAAGCAAACAGCAACAGAAAACUCUUCAGUGCAGAAGAUUUCAAAGACUUACAAAAAACGUAGGAAUAGGGAGACUAAGUGCUGUAUCCUGAACCUCCAAGUACUCCCAGCGUAAACAAUUUUCCCAAUUCAUGGCCAGUCCCUUCACAUCUACACCUCCAUCCACUUCCGGUCAGUUUUUGAAAGCUGACAUUAUGUGUGUGGAUUUUUUGUUUUAUUUAUUUUAUUUGAGACGGAGUCUCGCUCUUGUUGCCCAUGCUGGAGUGCAAUGGCGCGAUCUCGGCUCACUGCAACCUUCCCCUCUCAGGUUCAAGAAAUUCUCCUGUCAGCCUCCCGAGUAGCUAGCUGGGAUUACAGGCAUGCACCACCAUGCCCGGCUAAUUCUGUAUUUUCAGUAGAGACAGGGUUUGUCUAUGUUGGUCAGGCUGGUCUUGAACUCCCGACAUCAAGUGAUCUGCCUGCCUCGGCCUCCCAAAGUGCUGGGAUUACAGGCGUGAGCCACCGCGCCCAGCCAUGUGUUGAUUUUUAAAUGUACAAAAGUAGAACUCAAGUUUUAGACUGACCCCCUCUCUUUCCCUAAACAGCUGUAAGAGUAACCAUUACUCUUUCCCACCAGAAAUGUGAAGCAAUACCAAGGAAAUACCAUGUGGGUGAACCCUGUUUUAGAAAAAUCCAGUAUUUAAAACUAGAUGCCUUUCAGAUUACAGAAGAAUUUACCAUAGAAUUUCUGUAACUAAUACACUUACCUUUGAUACAUACGUUAUAAGAUGGGUGUAAAGUGCAGUAUUUACCGUGCAAAAGCUGGUGGCUGUGGUAUUAAUGAGAGAGCUUGAACCUGGAAGAUUGGAGAUCGCUCUCUGAUUCCUACUUCGCAGCUGGUUCGGUGUGAGUUUAUAGAAACCUUGUGGUCUGAGUUUGUGUUAAAAAAGCUGAAUUAAUAUGUCAGUGAUAUCCAGAGACUAGGAUUUUUGUGGAUCACUUAAAAACUGUAGGGCAGCCAUACAUAGAUAGUGUCUGACUGUCAAAUGAAUACAUAUACAGGCAUACCUUGUUUUUUUUGCACUGCACUUUGUUGUACUUUGCAGAUACUGCGGUUUUUUUUUUUUUUUUUUUUUUUUUAACAGUUUCAAAGUUUGUGGCAACCCAUGUGGAGCAAAUCUACCAGUUCCAUUUUUCACACUGCAUGUGCUCACUAAUAUCUCUGUGUCACAUUUUGGUAAUUCUUGGCAAUGGUUCAAACUUUUUCAUUAUUAUAUCUGUUAUGUUGAACAGCAAUCUUUGAUGUUACUAUUGUAAUAGUUUUGAGAUGCCAUGAACUGUGCCCAUAUAAGAUGGUGAACUUAAUUGAUAUGUGUUGUAUGUGUUCUGACUACUGCUCUGAUUGUCUCUGCCUCUCCUGGGGCUUCCCUGUUCUCCGAGACACAACAAUAUUGAAAUCAGGCCAGUUAACAACCCUGCAGUGUCUUCUAAGUGUUCAAGUGAAACUUGCAUGUCUCUCACUUUAAAUCAAAAGCUGGAAAUGGUUAAGCUUAGUGAGGAGGGAAGACAUGUCAGAAGCUGAGAUAGGCCACUCCGUAGGCCUCUUGCACCAAACACUUAGCCAAGUUGUGACUGCAAAGGAAAAGUUCUUGAAAUUAAAAGUGUUACUCCAGUGAAAACAAAUGAUUAGAAAGCCUUAUUGCUGAUGGGAAAAAACUUGGGUUCUUGGUAGAAGAUCAAACCAGCCAUAAUGCUGCCUUAAGCCUGGGCUUACUCCGGAGCAAGGCCCUCUUUUUAAUUCUGUGAAGGCUGAGAGAGGUAAGGAAGCUGCAGAAGAAAAGUUUAAAACUAGCAGAGCUCAGCUCAUGAUAUUUAACGGAAGAAGCUUUCUCCAUAAUAAAAAAAUGCAAGGUGAAGUAGCAAGUGAUGAUGUAGAAUCUGCAGCAAGUUGUCCAGAAGAUCUAGUUAAGAUGAUUUGAUGGAGGCAGCUAUGCUAACCAACAGAUUUUCAAUGUAGGUAAAACAGUCUUAAAUUGGAAGAAGAUGCCAGCUAGGUAGGACUUUCUUGGAUAGAGAGGAGAGGAUAAUGCCUGGCUUUAAAGAACAGGCUAACUCUUGUUAGAGGGGUAAUGCAGCUGGUGACUAAGUUGAGGCCAGUGCUCAUUUACCAUUCUGAAAAUCAUAGCUCCCUUUUAAAAAUUAUGCUAAAUCUACUCUGCCUGUGCUUUGGACGUGAAACAAGCCUGGAUGACAGCACAGCUGUUACAGCAUUGUUUGCUGAAUAUUUUAAGCCCGCCGUUUUGAUCUACUGCUCAGAAAACAAGAUUCCUUUCAAUUGCUGCACAUUGACAAUGCACCGAGUCCCCCAAGACCUCUGAUGGAGAUGUGGAAGAAGGAGAUUCAUGUUGUUUUCAUACCUGCUAACACAGCAUCCAUUCUGCAGCUCAUGGAUCCAGUAGUAAUUUUGACUUUCAAGUCUCAUUAUUAAAGAAGUGCAGUUGGUAAGGCUAUAACUGCCACAGAUAGUGAUUCUUCUGAUGAAUUUGGGCAAAAUAAAUUGAAAACCCUCUAAAAAGAUCUCACCCAUUCUAGAUGCCAUUAAAACCAUUCAGGGUUCAUAGAAGGAGGUCACAUACCAACAUUAACAGAAAUUUGGAAGUAGUUGAUUCCACCCCUCAUGGAUGACUUUGAGACGUUCAAGACUUCAGUGGAUGAAAUAACAGUAGAGGUAGUAGAAAUAGCAAGAAAGCUAGAAUUAGAAGUGGACUCUGAAGAUGUGUUGGAAUUCCUGCAAUCUUAUGAUCAAACUUGAAUGAAUGAGAUGCUUCUUAUGGAUGAACAAAGAAAUGGUUUCUUGAAAUGGAAUCUGUUUCUGUUGAAGAUGCUGUGAACAUUGUCAAAAUGACAACAAAUGAUUUAGAAUAUGCCAUAAACUUAGUUGAUAGAGCAGUUGACAAGGUCUGAGAAGAUUGUCGUUAAUUUUGAAGUUCUACUUUAGGUAAAAUGCUAUCAAAUAGCAUUGCAUGCUACAGAGAAAUAGUUUGUGAAUGGAAGCGUCAAUUGAUGGAGCAAACUUUAUUGUUGUCUUAUUUUAAGGAUUUGCCAUAGUCAUUCCAGUUUCCAGUGACCACCACCUUGAUCAGUCAGCAGCCAUCAGCAUUGGUGCAAGACUCUUCACCAGCAAAAUGAUUGUGUCACUAAAGACUUGGAUGAUUGCUGGCAUUUUUUAGCAAUAAAGUAUUUUUAGUUAAGGAGAUUAUCUGGUAGCAAUUGAAGAGAAAAACAAAGCUACAUUUCUACGUGCUUAUGUGAACUGGAGAAAUAAAAGGACUGAAAACUCUCGUGUGUGUAUCCGAAUGAUUGGGCAUAAUGUGGAGGGACCCUUCAGCGGAGCUUUCAGAGACCAGAUGUACAUUGUUGAAAUGCCACUUUCAGAGGCCCCCUUGUGCAUUUCCUGUUGCCCUGUGAAAGGAGACCUUCUUGUUGGCUGCACAAAUAAAUUAGUCUUAUUUAGUUUAAAGUACCAGAUGAUUGAUGAGGAAUUCUCACUAUUGGACUUUGAGUGUUCUUUAGUUAUACACAUAGAUAAUAUCACUCCUGUUGAGAUUUCUUUUUGUGUUGGAUAUGUUGCUGUCAUGUCAGACUUAGAAGUCUUAAUCCUAAAACUGGAGUCAGGCCCUAAAAAUGGAGAGAGAGUUCACCACCAUCCGCAUAAGACCAAUGAUCAAAUGAGACGGACAGAAGAAGGCUUCAGUAAUGAAAUUUCACAGCUUGAGUCAGAUUUUGUUAUCUGCCAGAAGCCCCUGGAACUUCUUGGUGAAAAAAGUGAACAGUCUGGAUUAUCUGUUACAUUGGAGUCUACGGGAUUAGCUGAUGAAAAAAGAAAAUAUUCCCACUUUCAGCACCUUCUCUAUAGACGUUUUACUCCUGAUAUUUCGUCUUACGCCUUGUCUGAUGACAUCAGGUUGCAUUCCCUCCAGCUGCUGCCCAUUUAUCAGACUGGUCCUCUUACUUCUGAUGGAAAAAGUUUGUCUCAGGAAAAAGAAUUGCUGAGUCUCUUUUGCUUUUUCUCAUUACCUCAUGUGGGCUAUCUCUACAUGGUUGUGAAAUCCAUUGAACUGAUGUCGGUCUACCAGUAUCCUGAGAAGUCUCAGCAGGCAGUACUCACACCACAAUUUUUGCAUGUCAUUACAAGAAUUCCAACAGUAGCCAACAGGCUGGAUUCCUAUAGGUGGAGUAACAACCUGCAGUGUUUCACUGUGCGGUGCAGUGCAGCAGCAGCUCGUGAGGAGGACCCGUACAUGGACACCACCCUGAAGGCUUGCCCACCUGUUAGUAUGGAUGUCUGUGCUUUAAGAAUACAGCUUUUCAUAGGCUUGAAAGCCAUCUGUCACUUUAAAAACCACAUCAUACUUUUGACUAAAGCAGACCCUGAGACGAUUCCAGAGAGAAGAGGGUCACCCAAGAGGCUUCUUUCUAGAAAAGAUACCAGUGUUAAGAUCAAAAUACCUCCUGUAGCUGAGGCUGGGUGGAAUUUGUAUAUUGUGAAUACGAUCUCACCAGUGCAACUAUACAAAGAGAUGAUAGACUAUAGCAAUACCUAUAAAACUGCCAAAACCCAGAGCUGUAUUCACCUUCUCAGUGAGGCUCAUCUGUUAGUGCGAGCUGCCCUGAUGGAUGCCAGUCAACUGGAACCUGGAGAGAAAGCAGAGCUUUUGGAAGCAUUUAAGGAAAGCUGUGGACACCUUGGGGACUGUUACAGCAGGCUUGACUCCCAGCAUUCUCAUCUCACCUUGCCAUACUAUAAGAUGUCUGGUUUGUCUAUGGCUGAAGUUCUGGGCCGCAUGGACUGGACCGUAGAAGAUGGAUUACAGAAAUAUGAGAAGGGAUUAAUCUUUUAUAUUAAUCAUUCACUUUAUGAAAACCUGGAUGAAGAAUUAAGUGAAGAAUUAGCAGCAAAAGUGGUUCAGAUGUUUUAUGUGGCUGAGCCAAAGCAAGUGCCCCAUAUUCUCUGUAGUCCUUCUAUGAAGAAUAUUAAUCCUUUAACUGCCAUGAGCUAUCUAAGGAAGCUGGAUACUUCUGGGUUUUCAUCAGUCUUAUUGACAUUGACCAAGGCAGCAGUGGCUCUGAAAAUGAGAGAUCUUGACAUGCACAGAAAUGAAAUGAAAAGCCAUUCAGAGAUGAAGUUGGUAUGUGGCUUCAUUCUGGAACCUCGGCUGUUGAUUCAACAGAAAAAGGGACAGAUUGUUCCAACCGAGCUUGCACUUUACCUAAAGGAGACUCAGCCUGGAUUGCUUGUGGCUUCAGUUCUGGGCUUGCAGAAAAACAACAAAAUUGGAGUUGAAGAAGCAGAUUCCUUUUUUAAGGUGCUUUGUGCUAAGGAUGAAGAUACAAUUCCUCAGCUCUUGGUAGACUUUUGGGAAGCUCAGAUAGUGGCAUGUCUCCCAGAUGUGUUACUUCAGGAACUCUUUUUCAAGCUUACAUCACAGUACAUCUGGAGAUUGUCUAAGAGGCAGCCUCCUGACACCAAACCAUUAAGAACAUCCGAGGAUCUGAUAAAUGCGUGUAGUCAUUAUGGCUUAAUUUAUCCAUGGGUUCACGUCUUAAUAUCAUCUGAUUCACUAGCUGAUAAAAAUUACACAGAAGAUCUUUCAAAACUUCAGUCUCUUAUAUGUGGUCCUUCAUUUGACAUAGCUUCCAUUAUUCCAUUCUUGGAGCCGCUUUCAGAAGACAGUAUUGCUGGCCUCAGUGUCCAUGUUCUGUGUCGUACACGCUUGAAAGAGUAUGAACAGUGCAUAGACAUACUGUUAGAGAGAUGCCCAGAGGCAGUUAUUCCAUAUGCUAACCAUGAACUGAAAGAAGAGAAUCGGACUCUGUGGUGGAAAAAACUGCUGCCUGAACUUUGUCAGAGAAUAAAACGUGGUGGAGAGAAGUAUCAACUCUAUUUGUCAUCAUUAAAAGAAACAUUGUCAAUUGUUGCUGUGGAACUAGAACUGAAGGAUUUCAUGAAUGUUCUCCCAGAAGAUGGUACUGCAGCAUUUUUCUUGCCAUACCUUCUCUAUUGCAGUCGAAAGAAAUCAUUGACUUAAAGGUUUCAUUUGAAAAACACCAUAAUGGCAUUUGAGACUGAAUUUCCAAAAAUUGAAGGCCAAAGUACAAGUAGAGGCAUUUUGAUUACACACAUAUGUAUAUGUAAUCAUAUAUAUAUAAUAUAUAUAUCACACAUGUAUGAUGCAGAUGCUUUCAGGCUGCUUACCUUACCAUAUAGUGGUAACUAUUCAUUUCUUAAUUUAUGACCUCAAUCAGUUUAAUUGUCUAGAAUGUAAAAAGUCUUCAAGACAUAAGAAUUUCUCGGAGAAACCAUAUAUUUUUUUAAGGUAGAAAUUGACUUUUAUUCCAAGGAACAACAUCAGUUCACUGUUAUUGGAGACACGACAAUCUUUUUCGUCCCAAGAACACUUUAAGGAAACAUUUUGCAAGUAUGCUUGAAAGAAUGUCACUAACUGGUCCAGAAUUUUAUCUUCUUGAUUUUUCCAAUUUUCUCUAUGCUUUUGAGAAAGAUGUUAAUGUUUUGCCAUGGUAAAAAAUUUCAAACCUCAUUUUUUUGUUACUUUUCUUGUUACCUUAAGAAAACUCAUGCUCUGUUUCUCUUUGAAUCAAAUGAAGUGAAUGUUUACAAAGCUGACUUUCUUCUUGUCUAGCUAUUAACAUGAUUUGUCGAAUGCAUGCUUUUUUAGCCAAAGCUUUGUUUCCAUUUUUUGUUGAUGUGUACUCUUCCCUUGUUAGCUACAGUGUAUGUGAAAAUAAAGAAAUAUAUCACUGUAUUCACAA